CUAAAAGUGAAACCAAAUGACAUGAAAGUAAAAAAAAAACCUGAGCUGAUACCCACUUUUCAACGGCCGCUUUACCGUUAUUAGAAAAUAGGAUUUCUAAGACAAGAGGUCCGAUGGAGUGGAUCAGUCUGUCGGGUUUCCUGCUUGUGUGCUGUGCAUGUCGCGGUGCUGCAGAAGGUCUCACAGUAUCGGGCCCCCGUGAGCCUCUUGUUGCCCGGUCUGGGGAUGAUGUCAUUCUGACCUGCUCUGUGGACCCCCCUGUCCCAUUGAAGGAGCUGCAGCUGGAGUGGAUGCAGGCGAACACCAGUACCCUGAUGCAUAUGUUUGCAGAAGGGGAGGACAGACCUGAAGCUCAGCAUAAACGCUACAGGAACCGCACUGAGCUGUUUCAUGAAGGGCUGGCGAAAGGAAACUACUCUUUAAAGCUGAAUAAUGUGACGUCCCAGGACAAGGGAGGCUACAGGUGUAUGGUCUAUUCAGGCAGCCAAUCAGGGGAGGCUUUAGCAGAACUAAGAGAAGUUGAACGUCUUUUUGUAACAGGCACAGAUAUUGCUGUUUUUGCUUAUGCUGGUGAGGAUGUCAUUCUGAACUGCACAGUGGAUACCCACGCCCCUCUGGAGGAGCUAGAGGUGCAGUGGAUGAAGGUAGACCCUGAUAUCUUGGUGCAUAUAUUCUCUGAAGGAGAAGACCGCCCCGAAUCUCAGCAUCACCGCUUCCAGGACCGCACUGAACUGUUUCACAGUGAGCUGGCCAAAGGAAAUUUCUCAUUAAAGCUGAAGAGUUUGAGAACUGAGGACAAGGGGAAAUUCAAAUGCUUCGUCCAAACAAAUACUGAAUCAGCCGAGGCCUUUGCUGAACUGAAGGAAAUGGGUUUCUCUUCACUUCAUAUUGGCAUCUUAGUAAUGACAGCCGUGUCUGUUUCAACAAGCAUCCCAGCAUUGUGGUUUUUAUUGCGUAAAUCUAAAAGCAGGCAAGCACAGCUUUGGUAUCUUGUGAACUGGUGCAUCCCCUGCGUUUUCAUGUUUGUUGCAUUUGUGCUCUGGGGUGUAAUUGAAGGAUUUAUGCGUGAAGGGAUAAUGUGUGCAGCUGUGACUCUCUCAAGGAUCCUGCUUACGUUAUUAAUGGCACCUUCUUCACUAAAAAUGCCAGUUACUCUUCCCAAUGCGAUCAAGUCUAGAGCUGUUUUCUUCAUCCAUUUUGUUAUUUUAACUGUGAUGUUUUCACGAUUUCUCAAUGAUUUAUUAAGAACCAAUUCAACAGAUACAAAUUUGAGCAUUUGUGUAGCAUUCAGUGCUUUCACAUGCGUCGUGGAACUGCUGUUGUGUUUUGCUAAAGGAUGGUUUCAAGGGUUAGAUUUUUGGCUUAUACUUUCUACUGCAAUGUUCCUCAUAUUGAAUACUUUGCGUGACAAAUAUCUGGAUUAUGUGGUUGGAGUGUCUGUGGCUGCUGGUGCUGCGCUAUUCCUGCCUCCGAUAUUCAUAUUGUGUUCAGGCAAAUGUCCUUGUUUAAAGAAAGUUACAAUCCCCAUUAUAACUGGUAUAUCUUUCUGUAUACUUCCUCUCAUACUGGUUUUCUCUUUUGUGCUGGAGUUUAUAAAGCAAGAUAAAGCACUUCCUGGGCUGAUUUGUGAAGGGAUUUUUCUCUACAGUCUAGCAGCAAUAGCUUUUUUUGAGCAGCGAGACAAUGUUCGAGUUACACUUCACAUGAUCGUGUAUAUGUUUGGGACUACAGUUUUAACUGUGGUAAACGCAGUUGCACUGAUAACAGAGCUGAUGCUACAGGCAGAGAAUGGCUACAGAAGAGUGAAGGAUCUUCGUUUAAUUGUCUUGCCCUUUGAGUGCCUAUUUUUAAUGGGAUGGCUCGGUUUACAGACCUACGGAUGCUGCUUGGAAGAAGAAAAUCAGGAACCGAACCUCAGUAUUGCUCAGGAAUUACAUCCAUUGUCAGGGACUAAAGGAUCGAGGGUGCAGCAGAGAUGAAUACUGGAACAUGAACCUGUUGAAAGAAAGAUGAAGAUUUGUAAACAACAGGUAGUCACACUAAUGGAAGAGCUCAACGAAACCUACCAACUGUGGAAAAGGAGCUUCAUACCAUUCCUGGAUGCUUCCUCUCCUGAGUUGACAUGUCUGUUGCACCUCACGAGACCUGAUUCAAAUAACAGAGCCUGCAGGACACAGAAAGAGGUGCUCUUAACUGCACUGCAGAGCAUACAUGGUUGACUGUUCAUUGUUUGCUUAUUUAUUUCCUUAAUUUCCUAGUGGCUGAUUGUUCUCAGGUGUUCUUUUUCAUGUGUUUUGUUUUGAGGAUGUGCCAUUGAUUAAUAGAAUGUUUAAUAAUAAUAGUAAUAAUAAUAAUAAGCUUUGAACCAAGCAAAAGCUUGAAUAUUGUGUUGGCUAUCAUCAUCAUCAUCAUCAGCUGUACAAACAGAGAUAACAGACACUCAGCAGGAUGAGGCCGACUCGUUUCUUUGUUAGUUUACCAGAGGCUUGUAGUUCAUUUUUCUUGUGUCAUGUUGUUUUGUGCAUUUGCUUUUUAAAGAAUGUGCCAUAUGGUGUAUAGGAGGAGGCGCACAGAUAGUGUAAACCAUGACAUAAAUAUGCUGUCGUA